AAAAAAAUCUAAACUGAGGAAAAAGGAAAAGAAGAAAAGGAAGAUCGUUGGAAAGUAAAUAGAAGCAGAGGCCUUUCUCGCGGGUGCUGUGCUUGCUACGUUGUUGACGAUACAUGAAGAUCAGCUGAUUCUCUUUCUUCCAAUCAAACCAACAGUAUGCAAAUUCAAUCCUCCGGAGAAGAGAGACAUUCCUCAUUCUCUCCACAGUUUUGAAGAAAUCACCGACAUCCAGUUGUUUCGGUUGGUUUAGAUUAAUUUCGGAAUUCUGAGGCGUAACUGAGGAAUUGGACAACCAAGCGCCAAAGCGGCUCUGCCGGCUCCGGUCCUCGAACCCCUCUCUGAUCUGCAAAACCCUUUGGUUUCUACCGGAUCCUUCCAUCUCUUCCAUCUUCUCAAAACGUAUGCGAGGUGUCGGAAGCUCAGGCUUUGUAUUUCCAUGACCCCAUUGGUUUGUGGUGAAUCUAGAUCGUGCUGGCGGACUGUCUGUUAAGCUUUCUUGGCCAAUUCGGAAGGGAUGGCCGAUACUGCGAUUGACCAUGUGGUAUGAGUCACUCUUAUGACGAAGCCAACAAGGCCCAGAAGAAUGUAUUUGACUUGGAAUCAUUUGUUGGGGACUUGAAUGUUGAGGAGGAUGCUUGCAGUGAUGACAUUUCAUUGGAAGGACUACAGCAAGAGCUUGAGGAAUGUAAAGAUGAUGAUGUGUAAAACUGAGGGAGUAUACAAAGGGAGUUGAAAACAAUUUGCGGCAGGUUGAGCUGGAUUCUAUACAGGAAUAUAUUAAAGAGAGUGAUAACUUAGUUUCACUUCAUGAACAAAUUUGUGACUGCGAUAACAUUUUAUCCCAGAUGGAAACUCUUCUCAGUGGUUUCCAGGCUGAAAUUGGUUCAAUCAGUGCAGACAUUAAGGUCCUGCAGGAGAAGUCAAUGGAUAUGGGUCUGAAGCUCAAGAAUCGCAAGGUGGCAGAAUCAAAAUUGGCGAAGUUUGUUGAAGAGAUCAUUGUCCCUCCAAGGAUGAUAGACAUAAUUGUUGAUGGAGAGGUGAAUGAUGAAUAUUUGAGAACUCUUGAGAUUCUAAGUAAGAAACUAAUGGUCGUGGAAGUGGAUCCCGUGAUAAAAAAUUCCAAAGCACUAAAGGAUGUACAACCCGAGCUUGAAAAACUCCGUCAGAAAGCAGUAUCUAAGGUCUUUGACUUCAUUGUCCAGAAACUCCACGCUCUGAGAAAACCAAAGACAAAUAUCCAGAUCCUUCAACAGAGUGUUCUUUUGAAGUACAAGUAUGUUAUUUCUUUCCUCAAGGAUCAUAGCAAGGAAGUUUAUAAUGAGGUUCGGACAGCAUAUAUUGAUACAAUGAACAAGGUUUUGAGUGCACACUUCCGCGCUUACAUACAGGCACUAGAGAAACUACAGUUAGACAUAGCAACAUCUAGUGAUCUGAUUGGGGUUGAAGCUAGAAGUUCAGGUCUUUUCUUGAGAGGAAGGGAACCACUGAAGAACCGCUCUGCUGUUUUUGCACUUGGUGAUAGAAUAAAGAUAUUGAAGGAAAUUGAUGAACCUGCGUUGAUUCCACAUAUAGCUGAAGCCAGUUCAAUCAAGUAUCCUUACGAAGUUCUCUUUAGAAGCUUGCAUAAGCUUCUAAUGGACACUGCCACUUCUGAGUAUAAAUUUUGUGAUGUUUUCUUUGGGGAAGAAUCUAUGUUUCAUGAGAUCUUUGCGGGUCCUUUUGCUGUCAUUGAUGAACACUUCAAUUCAAUUCUUCCAAAUAGUUAUGAUGCAAUUGGUCUAAUGCUCAUGAUUCUGAUAAUUCAUCUGCAUCAGCUCAUCAUGUCACGCCGGCGUAUACCUUGCUUGGACUCAUAUUUAGACAAGGUUAAUAUUGCUCUUUGGCCUCGUUUUAAGAUGGUAUUUGACAUGCACCUCAGCAGUCUAAGGAAUGCAAAUGUGAAGACAUUGUGGGAGGAUGAUGUCCAUCCUCACUAUGUCAUGAGGCGAUAUGCUGAAUUUACAGCUUCACUUAUGCAUCUGAAUGUCGAAUAUGGAGAAGGACAGCUUGAUUUGAACUUGGAGCGGCUAAGAAUGGCAAUUGAUGAUUUGCUUAUCAAGCUUGCCAAAACCUUUGCAAAAUCAAAAUCGCAGACAGUAUUUCUCAUAAACAACUACGAUAUGACAAUUUCUGUUUUGAAGGAAGUUGGUCCGGAAGGUGGGAAAAUUCUGGUGCACUUUGAGGAUCUUCUGAAGAGCAACACAGCCUUGUUUGUGGAAGAACUCUUGGCAGAGCAUUUCAGUGAACUUAUCAAGUUCGUGAAAACCCGCGGCUCGGAGGACCUCAGUUCUAAUCCUGACCGACCAAUUACUGUGGCUGAAAUACAGCCUCUUGUAAAGGACUUCGCGAGCAGAUGGAAAGCUGCAAUUGAGCUGAUGCACAAAGAUGUCAUCACUUCUUUCAGUAAUUUCUUGUGUGGAAUGGAGAUUCUUAGGGCGGCUUUGACUCAGCUCCUUCUUUAUUACACAAGACUCACGGAUUGUAUAAAGAGGAUCGUCGGUGGCUCUGCUCUAAACAAGGACCUAGUGUCCAUUUCUUCAAUUAUGUAUGAAAUUAGAAAAUUUUCAAGAACUUUUUAAGGUUGAGGGAAUCAGAACUAAGAGCAAGAAAUGAAGAUAGCAUAAUGUGUGUUGCAGCCCGUGUUUAUGUUCGGUUGUGCACAACUUUGGUUCUUCGUAAAAUCUCGGGUCGAUGCUCGAGCUUGUGGCUUUACUCAUCUAUUACAUUUCAGUGCGAAGAUAUUACAUUCAUUACCUGUGUCACUGUAAACAAACUUUUCCCAUGGAACUCAAUACAGCCCUUUCCCCUCCAUCAAAUUAGAAGAAACACGUUUUGUUGUAAGAUUUCUGUUUCAAAUUAGAAGAGAAAUAGGAACAAUGGCUUACAUUAGAGUGAAAUGUUUAUAAUUUGUUCUUCGAAGAGAGGUUUUGCCUUCAACUUGGAACAGACAGACAGACAUUUGGACAGGGUUGGUGUUUUAUGGUUUUUCCAAGAUGUUUGAUGUCACUCUCUCCUGUCUCUGAACUUUUAAACACUUAUUUUAUAGUUGAUAAAUUUGAAUAAAACACCACUAUUUUGCUUGCUCCUUAA